UUUCUCUGCUCUGCGGCGCAUCGACUUCUUCCUCGUCAUUGAGGAUCCUUCGCUAUUCGUCUGUCUGCUGUCAUUUCUCCUUCGACCGGGCGUUGUCUGUGCCCCCGAUCGUUUUCUUUUUUCCCUUUCCCUGCUGGCCCGUCGUGCUCCACCGGUAUCCCCGCCUCGCCCACGCCAAUCUUGAUCAAUCUACCCACUCCCUGCACAGUUUCCGACUGUCCUUUUUUAAAAUCGCUUCCCCUCCUCCUUGUUUUCCGCUCUCUUCCCGAGUUUCAGUCUAUUCCUCGAGAUAUAUGGGUGGCCUGGUCUGAAUCCGAACAACUCACCGUCUCUGAUAGUCCGUCAAGAUGAACGAGCCAUUUAACCCCCCUCAGAACGCUUCCGCAACCGCAACCGCCGUCCCUAAAGGCGCUGGACCUUCGCUCUUGGCCUGCCUCCUUUGCCGACACAAACAUCUCAAAUGUGAUGGAAAAACUCCCAUCUGUGGCCGAUGCCUGGCCACCGGCUCGGAAUGCCAAUACACCCCUUCCCGUCGUGGUUAUAAGGGCCCGUCGAAGAAACGCCGGGCCAAUCCCUCGUCCCCCGACCAGCUGGCCGCAGACCUCGCCUUCGAUCCCCAAAACGUUGGCUUGAUCAAUGUCCCUACCGACUGGAGUCUCCAGGCCAGUCUACAGUAUUUGCCGCCGCCGCCUCCCACCACUCUGCCCUCAACCUCGUCGGGAAGCGACAUCUUAACCACGAACUCCUCCGAAUCGUCGCAGCCGGUCCGAUUAGACCCUCUCACGCCCGACUCGUCAACUCCCAUUGGCAAUGAUGGCUACCUCAUCGAUAUAUAUUACACCUUCUUCCAUCCUUCGCACCCGAUCCUUCCGCCCCUGCGUCUAUUCCAGAAAUCCUACAUCCCGCCCUUCCUCCAGCAUGUGAUCAAGUUCGUUGGUUCUCAUUUCACCCAGGCCACCUCUAGUGAGCCGUAUCGACCUACCGUGAAGACGACCGUCAUGGAACAAGACGGCACCGUCGAAAAGUUACAGGCGCUAGUGAUUCUGGCUAUUGUGCUUCAUUCGCGCAAUGAGCGGGGUGAGGCCGGAGAAUGUCUCGCCAUGGCGGUUGACCUCGCCUUCGAGCUGGGGCUGCACACCGAAAGUUAUGCGGCUAGAAUGGGUGAAGGGGAUCCCGUGCGGGAGGAGAGCUUGAGACGAACUUGGUGGGAGUUGUUCAUCAUCGAGGGCAUGUUGACUGCCCUCGGCGUGCAGCAGACUUUCCGCACGAGCUUAGUGCCCCCGGAGGUGCCGCUCCCUUGCGAGGAGCGAAUCUACCAAGAUGGCUUGGUCCCGCCUCCACCCCCGACAAUCGCGCAGUUCGAUGAUCGGGUAUUUGCCGACGAGGAGCGGGACUUCUCGUCCUUCACAUACCGUCUGGAGGCCGUCCGUAUUCUCGGACGAGUGGUGGCCAUUCAAGACAUGGUCGAGGGCCAGCAGGACCACGUCGAGGCCAUCGACGCGCGCAUCACCAGUUGGUUCCACCAUCUGCCCGAAACCAAGGCCGAGCUGCUGCGGCCGGACGGCACGGUGGACGAGAUGAUGUUCCAGGCGACGAUGAUCGUCAAUGGCGCCGCCAUCUACCUGCACUUCCCGCGCUCCGACCUGCUCUCGUCGCCCGCCGUCGCCGCCGAGGUCAUCUGCGGCCACACCGGACCGUGUAGUAUCCCGGCCUUCUCGCACCACGCCCACGCCAUGAAGGCCGUCAAGGCCUCCAGCGAGAUCUCUUCGCUGGCGUCGAUCCGCAUGCCCGUCCUCAAGCACACCCCGUUCUUCAUCUGUGCCCUCGUCAUGAGCUCCAUCGUGCAGCUGGCUGCCUGCUCCGUCAAGGCCGGACAGAUGCCCGACCCCAGUCGGGACCGACUCACCCUGACGAUCGGCGUCUUCAAGACGCUCGGCCGCACCUGGGCCAUCUCGCAGGCCAUCAUGCGACAGAUCAAGGCCGUGGCUCGCGACGUCAUGGAUCUCGGAUUGCGUCCGACCAUCGACCAGAUCGACCUGACAACUGUCCUUGACAACAACGGUCGAUUCUGGAUGCCUUAGAAGCGAAAAUAACCCACCAGACAGACAGAAACAAGAACAAAAACAAAUUCAAAAAUUGCAUUUCAUCAUAUGGACUGGGAUGGGCUAAUUCCACUUUAUUUCGGUUUUUUAUAUUGCUUUUCUCAUUUUCUUUUCGAUCUAUCUACUGCAUUUACAUGCCUUAAGUGUUGAUAUGUUAUGUUAUGACAUGAUAUCCGACUCUCAUUGAUCUUGACUUGAUCUUGAUACUAACUAUCUAACACUAUAAUGAUACCCUUAUUCACCCGCAUGCUACUGUUGAGAUGUGCUACUUGAGUGGGUGAAGUCUUGCAUAUGAAAAGAAAGACGCUAGUUAGCUCUUAGUUACUUUUUUCUAUUUUAUACAUGCAUUUGAAAG